CGCGAACCACACCGCACCACACACACAAACACACACAUCUGGAUUGGCUCCUUGGCCUGCAAUAGAGCAGUGACCUCUUAGCACCUGCCACCAGCGGCGCCAGCGACGGCGAGAGGGCGGCUGCAGUUGGACCGCCGGAGAGCGAGCUGCCACCAUCAUGCAAGGGGACCAGGCGGAGAAGAAGGGGAAGGUGAAGAAGGGGUGGCUGGCGGUGCGGGUCGGCCAGGCCCAGGCGGAGCAGCAGGGCGACGGCUUCCGGCGGUUCGUCAUCCCCAUCGCCUACCUCUACCAUCCGCUCUUCCAGCGGCUGCUGGAGGCGGCCCGGGACACGUACGGCUACAACUCGGCCGGCCCGCUCUGGCUGCCCUGCUCCGUCGACGAGUUCCUCCGCCUCCGCGCGCUCGUCGACCGGGAGACGGCGCACUCGCACUCCUCGUCGCACCGCGUGCACGCCGGCGGCCACCAGCAGCAGGCCUACUCCCGCGCCAAAAUCACGUCCUGAUCGACCAUCGAGCCCCGGCCCGCCGGCUUUCGUCUGUUGAGCACUGGAGCGCGCGAGCGGGAGGAGUUCAUCUUUCUGCCGCCUGCCGGAGAUGACAGACACACAAUCGUACAUAGAGAGGGAGAGAGAUACCAGAUACGCAGACGCAUGAGAGGCAGUCAGUAGGUGAUUAGUCCUUACCGGCCGGUGACAGCAGGUAUAGCACAGGCCAAGAUUUGAUUGGUCAUUUUUGUAUUGAUUGGUAUCAGGUGGCCUUGGUAUCAGGUGGCCUGAUGAAACCAGUAGGCUUUUGGAUGUGUUUUUUCUACGAUUAAAAUGGUUUAUGUUGUAAGAUAAUAUCAAAGGGGAA